GCUUGCAGCAAAUCACACGACAAGAUAAUCCAUUCCUUUUCUGAUUACUACGAGGUACGUGCUCGUAUAGCCUCGUACUCGUAGCAAGGUCGCAAUCAUGGCGCCGAGGUGGUUAGGUAUGUGGGGUGUUCUGGCAGCGUGCGCUGCGGCCGGCGCCGCAGCGUGGUCACCGGGCACGGCGACCUUCUACGGCGGGGCCGACGGGUCCGGGACGAUGGGCGGCGCGUGCGGGUACGACAACCUGUACAACGCCGGGUACGGCAUCAACAACGCGGCGCUGAGCACGGUGCUGUUCAACGACGGCGCGUCGUGCGGGCAGUGCUACACCAUCACGUGCGACGGCUCACGCCCCGGCGGCCAGUACUGCAAGCCCGGCAACACCGUCACCGUCACGGCCACCAACCUGUGCCCGCCAAACUACGCGCUGCCCAACGGCGGCUGGUGCGGCCCGGGGCGCCCUCACUUCGACAUGUCGCAGCCGGCGUGGGAAAGCAUCGGCGUCGUCCAGGCCGGCAUCGUCCCGGUUCUCUACGAGCAGGUCAAGUGCUCGCGCAGCGGCGGCGUGCGGUUCAGCAUCGCCGGCUCCAACUACUUCCUGCUCGUCAACAUCCAGAACCUCGCCGGCAGCGGCUCCGUGGCAGCCGCCUGGGUGAAGGGCGACAAGACGGGGUGGAUCCAGAUGUCCAGGAACUGGGGCGCCAACUGGCAGGCGCUCGCCGGGCUCGUCGGCCAGGGGCUCAGCUUCGCCGUGACCACCACCGGCGGGCAGUACAUCCAGUUCCUGAACGCAGCGCCGGCGUGGUGGCAGUUCGGCCAGACCUACAACACAUACCAGCAGUUCGUCUACUGAUCCAUCGAUCGACCGAUCAGAGCAGAGUUUUGUAAUAUGUUUCUUGCUUGUGCCUUCUCGUGUUGUCUCUGUCUGCGUGGCGGAGUGCCUACGUGUACGCCCAUCAAAGAUAUCUACUACUGUAAUUAAGUCUUUAACCGA